UUUGAAGUGCCCUCCGUUAAUUUGGAUGGAUCUAAACCUGCCCCCCAUUCAAGACCCCUCCACCCGCUCCUUCUGAUCCUGCCAUUGGCUCUUCUUGACUUUAAUUAGUAUCUAGGAAAGUCUCAACUUUGGACCUACCUCCUUUUUUGAUACUUAUUUUUGUACUUUUGCUCUCUGGGAUUGGUUUCUUACACAAAUUGGAUCCUUUUUAAUAUGUCAAAAUGAGUCUGCUGUUUACACAACUACUGCUCUGUGGAUUUAUCUAUGGUCGGGUGGAUGGAUCUCGUCUUCGCCAGGAAGAUUUCCCGCCACGGAUUGUGGAGCACCCAUCUGAUGUCAUUGUCUCUAAGGGAGAGCCCACCACUCUGAACUGUAAGGCCGAGGGCCGGCCGACACCCACCAUCGAAUGGUACAAGGAUGGUGAGCGGGUGGAGACCGAUAAGGAUGACCCCCGGUCCCACAGGAUGCUGCUGCCCAGUGGCUCCCUGUUCUUCCUGCGCAUUGUCCAUGGACGCCGAAGUAAACCGGACGAAGGGAGCUACGUUUGCGUUGCCAGGAACUAUCUUGGAGAAGCUGUGAGUCGAAAUGCGUCUCUGGAAGUGGCAUUGUUGCGAGAUGACUUUCGGCAAAACCCCACAGAUGUUGUUGUGGCAGCUGGAGAGCCUGCAAUCUUGGAGUGCCAGCCUCCCAGGGGACACCCAGAACCCACCAUCUACUGGAAAAAAGACAAAGUUCGAAUCGAUGACAAGGAAGAAAGAAUAAGUAUUCGUGGUGGCAAAUUGAUGAUCUCCAAUACCAGGAAGAGUGAUGCAGGCAUGUAUACCUGUGUCGGGACCAAUAUGGUGGGAGAAAGAGAUAGUGACCCAGCAGAACUGACUGUCUUUGAACGACCCACAUUUCUCAGGAGGCCAAUUAACCAGGUGGUAUUGGAGGAAGAAGCUGUAGAGUUUCGGUGCCAAGUUCAAGGAGAUCCUCAACCAGCUGUGAGGUGGAAAAAAGAUGAUGCAGACUUGCCAAGAGGAAGGUAUGACAUCAAAGAUGACUACACUCUGAGAAUUAAGAAGGCCCUGAGUACAGAUGAAGGAACCUAUAUGUGCAUUGCUGAGAAUCGGGUAGGAAAAGUGGAAGCCUCUGCUACCCUCACAGUCCGAGCUCGCCCUGUUGCUCCUCCACAGUUUGUGGUUAGGCCAAGAGAUCAGAUUGUUGCUCAAGGUCGAACAGUGACAUUUCCCUGUGAAACUAAAGGAAACCCACAGCCAGCUGUUUUUUGGCAGAAAGAAGGCAGCCAGAACCUACUUUUUCCAAACCAGCCCCAGCAGCCCAAUAGUAGAUGUUCGGUGUCGCCAACUGGAGAUCUCACCAUUACCAACAUCCAGCGCUCGGACGCGGGGUACUACAUCUGCCAGGCCCUAACUGUGGCUGGGAGCAUUUUAGCAAAAGCUCAACUGGAGGUUACUGAUGUUCUGACAGAUAGACCUCCACCUAUAAUCCUUCAAGGCCCAGUAAACCAGUCUCUAGGAGUCGAUGGUACAGCCUUACUGAAAUGUAAAGCCACUGGUGAUCCUCUUCCUGUAAUUAGUUGGUUAAAGGAAGGAUUUACUUUUCUGGGUAGAGAUCCAAGAGCAUCCAUCCAAGAGCAAGGAACGCUGCAGAUUAAGAAUUUACGGAUUUCUGAUACUGGCACUUACACUUGUGUGGCUACAAGUUCAAGUGGAGAAACCUCCUGGAGUGCAGUGUUGGAUGUGACAGAAUCUGGAGCAACAAUCAGUAAAAGUUAUGAUUUAAGUGACCUGCCAGGUCCACCAUCUAAACCACAAGUCACGGAUGUGACAAAGAACAGUGUCACCUUGUCGUGGCAAGCAGGUACCCCCGGAGCUCUUCCUGCAAGUGCAUAUAUCAUUGAGGCUUUCAGCCAAUCAGUGAGCAACAGCUGGCAGACAGUGGCCAAUCAUGUAAAGACUACCUUAUAUACUGUGAGAGGACUACGGCCCAAUACCAUCUAUUUGUUCAUGGUCAGAGCAAUCAACUCCCAAGGUCUGAGUGACCCAAGCCCAAUGUCAGAUCCUGUGCGGACGCAAGAUAUCAGCCCACCGGCGCAAGGAGUGGAUCACAGACAAGUACAGAAGGAACUGGGAGAUGUCAUUGUUCGUCUUCACACUCCCGUUGUCCUUACCCCCACGAAUGUCCAAGUCACGUGGACUGUGGAUCGUCAGCCUCAGUUUAUUCAAGGAUACCGAGUGAUGUAUCGUCAGACUUCAGGCCUGCAAGCUACAACUUCAUGGCAGAAUUUAGAUGCCAAAGUCCCUACUGAACGGAGUGCUGUUUUAGUCAAUCUCAAAAAGGGUGUGACCUAUGAAAUUAAAGUUCGACCAUAUUUUAAUGAGUUCCAAGGAAUGGAUAGUGAAUCCAAAACAGUUCGAACUACUGAAGAAGCCCCAAGUGCCCCUCCACAAUCUGUCACUGUGCUGACAGUUGGAAGCCAAAAUAGCACAAGCAUUAGUGUUUCCUGGGAUCCUCCUCCUCCAGACCACCAGAAUGGAAUUAUCCAAGAAUACAAGAUCUGGUGUCUGGGAAAUGAAACACGAUUCCAUAUCAACAAAACUGUGGAUGCAGCCAUUCGGUCUGUAAUAAUUGGUGGAUUAUUCCCAGGAAUUCAGUACCGGGUAGAGGUGGCAGCCAGUACAAGUGCUGGGGUUGGAGUAAAAAGUGAACCGCAGCCAAUAAUAAUUGGGGGACGUAAUGAAGUUGUCAUUACUGAGAACAACAACAGCAUAACUGAACAAAUCACUGAUGUCGUAAAGCAACCAGCCUUUAUAGCUGGUAUUGGUGGUGCCUGCUGGGUAAUUUUGAUGGGAUUUAGCAUCUGGUUGUACUGGCGAAGAAAGAAGAGAAAGGGUCUCAGUAAUUAUGCUGUUACAUUUCAAAGAGGGGAUGGAGGACUAAUGAGCAAUGGAAGCCGUCCAGGUCUUCUAAAUUCUGGCGAUCCCAGUUAUCCUUGGCUUGCUGAUUCGUGGCCAGCCACGAGCUUGCCAGUAAACAACAGCAACAGUGGACCCAGUGAAAUCGGGAAUUUUGGGCGAGGAGAUGUACUGCCACCAGUUCCAGGCCAAGGGGAUAAAACAGCAACAAUGCUCUCAGAUGGCGCCAUUUAUAGCAGCAUUGACUUCACUACCAAAACAACGUACAACAGUUCCAGCCAAAUAACACAGGCCACCCCAUAUGCCACGACACAGAUCUUGCAUUCCAAUAGCAUCCAUGAACUGGCUGUUGAUCUGCCUGAUCCACAAUGGAAAAGUUCUGUCCAGCAGAAAACCGAUCUGAUGGGAUUUGGUUAUUCUCUGCCUGAUCAGAACAAAGGUAACAAUGCCUUACUUUACAUCCCUGACUACCGAUUGGCUGAGGGAUUGUCUAAUAGAAUGCCACACAACCAGUCACAGGAUUUCAGCACCACCAGCUCUCACAACAGCUCAGAAAGGAGUGGCAGUCUUUCAGGUGGAAAAGGUGGAAAAAAGAAGAAAAAUAAAAACUCUUCGAAACCACAGAAGAACAAUGGAUCAACCUGGGCCAAUGUUCCUCUACCUCCUCCCCCAGUUCAGCCCCUUCCGGGUACAGAGCUGGAACAUUACACAGCGGAACAGCAAGAAAAUGGCUAUGACAGCGACAGCUGGUGCCCACCAUUACCAGUGCAAACUUACUUACACCAGGGUAUGGAAGAUGAACUGGAAGAAGAUGAUGACCGAGUCCCAACACCUCCCGUGCGAGGCGUGGCUUCCUCUCCUGCUAUCUCCUUUGGGCAGCAGUCUACAGCUACUCUUACGCCAUCACCACGGGAGGAGAUGCAACCCAUUUUGCAGGCACACCUGGAUGAGCUGACAAGAGCUUAUCAGUUUGAUAUAGCAAAACAAGCAUGGCACCUUCAAAGCAAUAAUCAACCUCCACAGCCUCCCGUUCCACCAUUAGGUUACGUGUCCGGAACCUUGAUUUCUGAUUUAGAAACAGAUGUUGCAGAUGAUGAUGCUGAUGAUGAAGAAGAAGCUUUAGAAAUCCCCAGACCCCUGAGAGCCCUAGACCACACUCCUGGAUCCAGUAUGGACAAUCUAGACAGCUCUGUGACAGGAAAAGCUUUGACCUCCUCUCAAAGGCCUCGACCCACCAGCCCAUUUUCUACGGACAGUAACACCAGUGCAGCCCUGAAUCAAAGUCAGAGACCUAGGCCCACUAAAAAACACAAGGGAGGGCGGACAGACCAACAGCCAGCAUUGCCUCAUCGAAGGGAAGGGAUGACAGAUGAUCUUCCACCUCCACCAGAUCCCCCACCAGGUCAGGGUUUAAGGCAACAAAUAGGCCCGAACCAGCCCACUGGUAAUGUGGAAAAGUCAACAGAGAGGAAAGGAAGUUCUCUAGAGAGACAACAUGCAUCCAACUUAGAAGACACAAAGAGCUCACUGGAUUGUCCAGCUAAAACCUCCCUAGAGUGGCAGCGACAAACCCAAGAAUGGAUAAACUCCACAGAACGCCAAGAAGAGACACGGAAAGCCUCACACAAACCAAGUGUUGGAUCAGAGGAGGCUUUGGUGCCCUACAGCAAGCCUAGCUUCCCAUCUCCAGGAGGCCACAGUUCAUCUGGAACAUCUUCUUCUAAAGGUUCCACUGGACCCCGAAAACCUGAAGUGUUGAGGGGUGGCCACCAGCGCAACGCCAGCGACAUUCUCGACAUAGGAUAUAUGGGCUCAAACAGUCAAGGACAGUUUACAGAGUAACUGAGAGGAGACAUUCAAAGCUGCUCUGAAGGACCAUCAGGUCUGAACUCAUGGAAGUGAUGACAGUACACAGUGCAAUGAACAAUUUCUUUUAUUUAUGUACUAAGAGAACUGUAAAUGCAAUGUAAAGAUACACAGCCACACAUAUCCCACAGAUAUUUGACUUGUGUUCUUCUCCUAAGUACACCACCCACCUUAACUCUUUCUUGUCAGGAGUAUAUCAAAAAGAAAGAAAAGAAAACUCGCUCUCCAGGAUGAAAAGGAUUUCCUCUGUAUAUAAUUUCUUUUGUGCAUUGCUAUGCAAGCUCACUCUUUUUAGCUCUGUUCAUAUUAUUGUCUGUUCUUAUUGGUCUCUUGUACUAUAUGUGAAUUAAUAGGCUGUGGUGCCAUAUAUUAACUUUUAAUUGUGUAACUUUUUUGUUAAAAUUUUGCACUGCAAUUUUAUUUGGUGAUAAGCACAAAUCUCUACUCCUCAUGACAUGAAGAAAAGAUUGAAUGUGAAGGGAGUUUCUGUACUGUAACCUAGGUUGGAUGAUGCUGGUGUAACCAAUCAUGUUAGAUGGGUUUUGGUUGGGAUUUAGAAUAGGAAAAUGCCAAGGAAUGAUAGUGUUGGCAAAGUGUGCUUGGAACACCAGGAAAUGAGUCAAGUUGAAAACCAGAAAGAUGGUUAAAAGUUGAUAAAAAUCAGGGGUCAAGAGAAGAAAAUUUAAGUCUUUCAACUAAAUAUGCAUUGAAAUAUGCAGGUAGCAAAAGAUGUACUAAACUUGCUUUUAAAAAAGAUAUUUAAAUUUUAUUUAGAAGCAACUUCACCUGUCAUUGUAAUUGACCCAUCAGACAAUUACAAGCAAAUGGAAAUUAAGGUGUUUCACAAGAGCUGUAUUUAUAUUACAAUUUUUUAAAAGAGCAUUUUCUGAAUUACCAUAAUUAAUCUUUCCAACUCAUUAAGUCAGAAUAUAACAUGAAGUUCCCCCAAGGAAACAAAUAAAAUGAACUCUAGAGCAUCUAGCAAAUAGAUAAAGAAGCAAUUUAUUAUCAGGACAUUCUCGAGCUGCUUUCAAAUACGAACUCUAUUGUAAUGUCUCAUUUCAUCUUUCUAAUACAUGUGCAGUACACACUGGAUGAUAGAAUGGCAUCACACAAAUUCAAACACUUUUAAAAACAAUGCAGACUAAGUACAGUUCUGCAUUGCCCCCUUGAUUCAGAAGUGAAGUUGGUGCCACUGAAUAGCAAAAUCAUCAAUGUUUAAAAGCAGUGCUCAGAGUAUAUUCAGUUCACAGUAAGUAGAUUAUUAAAGACAAAUAGUACUUUAUGGUACAUCCUCAGAAAUUGGCUACCCAAAUCUGUUUGACCCAUCUUGACUUGAGUAAAUUGAAAAGAAAAAAAGGAGAAAAAUGCAUGUUUAUACACUUUUUAAAUAAAACCAAAUCUUGU